ACAAAAGAAAAACAUGAUGAAAUUAGGUAAACUUGAUGACGGCUGAUGUUCGUGCACUGACAGUGAUGUGAUACUCUGCUCCCAACAUCAAACACCUCCCCAUCAAUUUUCACAACAAGAUCCCAUAACCAUGUCCAAGUGUUUCAGCUUCACGUCAUCCCGGGACUGGUGUUACAGACACAACUUCACCUACGCAGGCCUCAAAUCAUCCACCACUGACCUCAAAGACGGCACCAUCAUCCACUGCUGGAUCCCCAAGAAACACAAACCCAAUAAGCCCACUUUAGUUUUGAUCCAUGGCAUUGGUGCCAAUGCUAUGUGGCAAUGGAACACUUUCAUACCCUCCUUGGUUUCCAAGUUUAAUGUCUAUGUCCCUGAUUUGCUGUUUUUCGGGGACUCGUAUACUUCCAGGCCUGAGAGGACAGAAGGGUUCCAGGCUCAGUGUGUGAUGAGGGCUUUGGAGGGUCAUGGGGUUAAGAGAAUGAGUGUUGUGGGGCUUAGUUAUGGGGGAUUUGUGGGGUAUAGUUUGGCGGCUCAGUUUCCGGAUGUAGUGGAGAGGCUGGUGGUUGGCUGUGCUGGGGUUUGUUUGGAGGAUGAAGAUAUGGAACAAGGGAUGUUUAGAGUUAAGAGCGUGGAGGAGGCGGUGGAUAUUUUGUUGGCUCAGACACCGGAGAAGUUGAGGGAGCUCGUGAAGCUUUCGUUUUAUAAGCCCUUGCAGCCUUUGCCUUCCUGCUUUUUGUCUGAUUUUAUUGAUGUGAUGUGUACUGAAAACUUACAAGAGAGAAGAGAGCUUAUUGAAGCACUACACAAGAAUAGGAAAUUAUCUGAUCUUCCGAGGAUUACUCAGCCAACCCUGAUUAUCUGGGGAGAAGAAGAUCAAAUAUUUCCAGUGGAAUUAGCACACAGAUUAAAAAGGCAUUUAGGUGCAAAUGCAAAACUAGUACUCCUAAAGAAAACAGGGCAUGCAAUCAACAUGGAGAAACCGAAAGAAUUGUACAAGCACCUCAAAUCAUUUCUUAUUGAACCUCUCCCAGGCGAGCAGGGCAGCAGUCACAAGGUAGACUAAUCGAUUGUGUUCAGGGUUCAGGAAAAUCAUACAUUUGGAUGUUUUUGCUCAGUAAAUCAUGCACUUGUAUUUCAUAUAUUUCAAAUGUCUGCGAAGAGGCUGUUGCAGCAGUAGCACAAAUACAAUCAAUCAUUAAUACUGAAAGACCGAGAAAUGAAGGUGAUUUGAUUA